AUAAUUUUAAUAAAAAAGAAGCAGAUUAUAACCUAAUUAAAGAAGACUUGACAUCUCUUGACAAGUGUUAAUGCCCUUUAUUUUUCUUCAUAUUUAUUUUAGGCAUGCUUUAUCAAUUAUAAAUUAAAUUGUAUGUAAUAAUGGAUGGAAAAACAACUUCGAAAGCACCUCGAAAUGCAGAAACACCUGUGAUUUCUUCAGCUUGGUCUAGGGCAUUGUCAUCAAAUGCAUCUUGGCCAGAUAAGGAAGAAUUCUUGGACGUCAUCUAUUGGGCAAGGCAGGCCCUGGGAGUCUUGCUCGGAAUAGUCUGGGGUUUGAUACCUUUAAAAGGACUUUUGGGACUUUUACUGUUCGUGGUAAUCAACGCAGGGAUUAUAUACUUUUACUGCAGCAGUUUUCAAAAUGUUGACGAAGAGGAAUACGGAGGAGCCUGGGAGUUGACCAAAGAAGGCUUUAUGACAUCCUUUGCUGGUUUCCUAGUCACCUGGAUUAUCAUUUACUCCGGGUUAUAUUAUGAUGUGGAGAAAUACGCGUGAAUAGGAUACAAUCAUUCCUUAGUUUUAAGUUUUUUUUUUGUUAUAUUAUUAGUUAAGUGAAGAAUGUUUGUACAAAUCGCAAUCGCCUUGAAAAAUUUUCAAGCGAUUCUUCUAAGGGUCUAGAUUUGUUAAAUUGGGUAAAAAAAUUAAGAAAGUGUUCGUUUCAUAUGAAAUAAAUAAACAAUAAUUGGAUCAUACGAUAUCGCUUGAAAUACGAACAUUUUUAUUUAAAAAUACAACAAACUCAAAGUUAACAAAGACCAACAAAAAAAUAAAGAUAUUAACAACAACAAUAAAUACGUAUAAGUACAAUAUGAACACAAUUGUUUAAAGACAUAAAUGUGCUAUGUCAAAUAAAAAUUUCAAUUUUGACUAUUUUCGCUGGUAAAAUGGGAUGGAGCGUACUUAUCGCCUGACUUAUGGUUAAAUUAGAAAUCGUUUGAACUAAAUUAAGAUAUCACCUCGAUCCUACGCCUUGAAUAUAUUCAGAAAUUGCGAGCAUACCGAAACUGAUGAUUACGUACAAACAUCCAGGCAAACUGGCUAACAUACAGUACCGCUCC